AUGUUCGAGAAAAAGUUCAACAUUGAAGUACAAACUUUACAGCCUUUACGUGAGUUUCUUGCACAACUGAAAGAAGAAGGUAGUCAGCCACAACUUAUAGACUUUCAUUAUGAAUUUAAUGAAAAUGAAGAUGGAACUCAUGACUGUCAGUUUGUUAUAUAUUCACCAUUCAAUGAAGUAGCUAAAGAGAAAGAAAAUCCAUUACGUAUAAGGUUUCAAAUCUCUGAACCCAAUGAAGAUUUCAAGAAUGUUUUCAAUUAUGAUGCAAUGCUUCCGAGGAAAAAUGAAUUUUCAAAGAUUGUAACACCUGGCAUUUGGGAUAGAAAGCAAGCUAUAUUAUAUUCAAACUUAAGUAAGGGAGUUGAAAAUGAGUUCAUUGGUCAUACAAGAACUUCACCACUUCCUAACCCUAAAUACUAUAAAUUAACUGGCUUCAAUCGUGAGUUUUGGAUAGACAUGUUCUCCACUCAUGACCAUAACUGCCCAGUGUUCUUACCUCCAGACCAUAAGGACUGUCUCUACAUUGAAGCACAACUCUUAAACUCUACAAGAGCUGUAUUGUAA